UCCAGCAGCACCCCCGCCCCAGUCCUUCGAGAAAGUCAUCAGCGACUGCAGCGGCCGUCGCGGCAGUGGUGACCGCCUCGUCAGUUCCCGCCGCUUCCGCCGGAAGUGGCACCGGAACAAGUUCCUCCCUCCACCCGCCUUCAAGACGCCCGUCAUCGAGCGCAGGCGCGGGCGGCACCACAGCCAAACAAAUGACUGUUCAGUCGCAGUCGGGUGCGCAUUCGAAUAGGCCGCAGGAGGACUUGAUAGCUACGGCCGCGUCGGCCUUGAGGCGACUGCAUUUCAAGACGGGCAGGAGCAGCGGGAUUCAGAAGAAUGCGCAAGCUAAGCAGCCCGUUCCUCUGGGCGGUCAACCAGUGCCAAAGGUCAUCGUCAUGGGCAGCAGCACGGCCUCCGAGACAACGAUCAACACAAGCACGGACAGCUCGAACACGAUCGUGACCACUGUGACAGCUACCGAUGGGGAUUUGACAGAAGACAGCCUGGACCUGACCGAGCACGUUGAGGACAUUUUGGGACAGGAGAAUGUGUUGACCGAGGGUGUCAGAUCUGGAAACGCCAUAUUGCAACCUGUACCUCUAUCGCCUAAGACUCCCGCUACUGCGAAGCAAAAUACCCCACCAACUGCCAAAAACGAAUGUCGAUUCACCUUUGAACUCACUAGGCCACAUGUACUACCCACCGCAAAAUCAGAGGACCACACGGCAACCACAACUCCUCGCUUGCGCUCAACCCACUCCAUAGAAAGGGUUCAGUCGUUGGAUGAAGCUACUCCCAAAGUACCGGUGACCAAAGAAGGAAAAUUCACUUUUGACACUGAAGUUCCAGGCAGAACAGUUGAAAGUCUGAUGGAAGAGCAAAUAGAAGCAUUGAAGAUGGAGGCUAGGAGGAGGAACAGUUACAAGCAAGCUGCACAAAACUUUGACCAAAUAGAGAUGAUGGAGGAAAAUGCAAAUAAUUUCACACCGUCAACCCCCAGGGAGCACAGGAGGAGUUUCAAAAAGAAACUGGUUGUGGAAAAAGAAAAGCCGGAACGAACAUCGCCGAAGAGGAGAGCUGAGAAAAAUGUCAACUCGUCGCCGGAGGACUGUGAUUCGCCUAAGCCAAAACACAGGUGA